AUGGCAACAACAUUAGAACAUCUCUCCGUCGAAUUACUCUAUGAAAUAUUUAUUUACUUUCAGUUUCAUGAAGUAUUCAAUAUUUUUUCUAAUCUUAAUUCACGAUUUGCUGGUAUUAUCAAUAACAUACCAUUUAUGCCCGUUUACUUGGGUCUCAAUGGAAUGAGUAUAGCAGUGACAGAAUUUUAUUAUAGAUAUUUAUCACAACUAAACAUUUGUAAUCAUCUUAUUUCAUUAUGUGUCUCAGAUACAUUAGCUAUUGAUAAUGGUUUAUGGUUAGCUGAACAUAUAUCUACAUUUAUCAAUCUUCGUCAUUUAUCUUUAAUUGACAUUAAACGUUCUUCUUUUGAAUUGAUUCUCAAUUCAUUGUCACCAAUUAAUUCUCUCAUCAUAUUUAGUGUACACUUUCCAACAAAUGAUCGUGCUGCAUACACGUUUAUAGGUGUGCCUGAAGGUGCAUAUUAUGAACAAAUUUUUCACUUAUUUUCUUCAUUACGUGUAUGUCAUCUGCAUUUCUGCCGAUACAUACAUUAUACUCUAGAUACUAAAUUCGUUCUACCACUUAAUAGAACUUUUAUACCUAUUCGAACUAACCUUUUAAACUUACAAUCACUUGUACUUCGACAAUGCUCAUCGAGCUUUCUAUCAUAUUUAUUUGAACAUCUUCCACAAUUGGAAAAACUCAGCUUUGAACGAAGUGAUCCUUGGCUACCUCAUGAACAUCCACUAGAACAGGGUGAUAACAAGUAA